AUGUCGAACGUGCCAGAUUCUGGCUCCAUCGACGCUCCGCAGCCUUCGUCGGAACCAGAGGAGCAACAGCAGCAGCAGCAGUCGCACGAGGAGCCAGGAACGCACUCCCCUCGCGCGUCUACGCCUCUUGGACCGCAUCCUCAGUCGCCGCCCAAGAAGCCACCAUCUCCGAUACCCGCCGAAACAUCCGCAACAUCCUUCGUUGACCAUGGCGCCGCCGACGCCGCGACAGAAACGUCGAGCGCGACCGAGCCGAACUCUUCGCCUCCGCUCGGGGCUGUCCGCCAGGAUUCCAGCUUGCAGGGGCUCGGCAUCAACUUAGACACAGGCGCCCCUGCCAGCACCGCAUCGAUAACUACCCCAGCAGGCUCGCUCGAGAGCGGGAACGCCGAAGAGCAUGGCGACGAUGCGGGCGCGGACCGAGCGGCCAAGGACGAGGCCGACGCGAGAAAGGCCGCGAUACAGCCUGCGGUCGCGUCGUCGGUGCCAGACUGGAUGACCGACGAGCUCGACGAGUCCUGGCGGGAAGCCAGCCAGAGCAACAGCCUGUCGAAUGCAGCCGCCAUCAACGAAGGGCCUGCAACGCAGUCAGCAAACACAGACCUGCCAGUCGCGGCCCCCGGGCCUACAUCUGCGGCGCUGCAAGAACAGGCUACGGCGACCAUCCCGACGCUCGGAUCGGUGCGGCUUCCGACGUCGGGCCUAGGGUCCCGCUCUGUCUCGACGGUGGGAGGCUUCUUUGAUGCCCGCGAGUCACUCGGCCGCAGCGGCAUGCGUUCGAGCGCCCUGUUGCAGGGCGAUAGCGCUGGCUACCGGAGGUCGAGACUUGGCAUGGAACGCUCCCUGACCGACACAGAGCUGCAAGCCGGGCCGUCGACGCCUUCGAAGCGCGUGCCGAGCCACGCCGUGAGAAGGACUGUGCGGACCGGCGAGGAUCAGGAAGGAGACGACGACGACAACAGCGGCGGCGGCGACCGAGGUGCGCACGGUGGGACCGAGGACCGCGCCGGCUCGAGAUCGCCGUCCUCGGCGCCAGAGGACUUUGAGAGCGCCCGCGGGUCGCUCAUCGAGCGCUCGAGGCGCCACGCCGAGACCAGCGCCUCUGAUGAUGGCAGGGGCACCUUUAUCCACCGAGCAGACGUCUCGUCGCUGCCGCCAAUUUUGAGGCCUGCAUGGCAAAAGGCUCAGGACCGAGACGGCGACCCGCACAGCCCAAAGAAGAAGGGGGGAAUGUCGGCCAUUGGGGGAGACAUGUUCACGCCCAUGAAGCUACAGACCAUGUUCCGGACACCGACGCCGCCACAGCGACCGCCAAUGACGACGACUUCGGACCAUGCGCCGGACGAGACGCCGCGCCCGAGGGACGACAUCGAAAGGACGCCCAGGAUGAAAGGCGGUGCUCUUGCCGACGACGAUCGAGCGCCACCAGCACAGAUCACACCUGCGCCUCAGGCAGGCGAGACGUCGGGACGGACCGGCCUCGAGGCUAAGCUGCCCUCGGCCGCCUUCACUUUCCGCACGCCACAGGCGGGCACUGCCCUGUCGGCAACGCCGAGGCUAGAUCCUGCCACUCCCGCGGCAGCAGUGCCCGGCCAACCUCGGGCAGCUCGAGCCUCGGCCAGACCUGCUUCGGCCGCCGCUGCCUUCGUCCACGGCGGCACCAGUCCGCUCCCUCCAGUCGCCAGCCACCAGAUGCUGUCGGCCCCCUCGACGCCGCACACGCCGAUGCGGCUGUUCAAGUUCAACUACGAGGACGUGGCGACCCGCGCUCGCCUCGAGAUGCUCGUCAACCGCAACGGCACAUCCGCCGGCGACACGAUGGGCGGAGGCGAGACGGAGCGGGAACGCAAGCGGCUGCGGCUCGACGUCAAGCCCCGCAAGGUCAUCAGCGGCGACCUUAUGGCCAUGCGUUCCGACGCGCUUCCGACGGCGACGCUGCCCAGUUCCCCAGAGGCAGGCAAGGCCACGCGCGAUGGCCGUCCGUCGGCCGUGGAUGUGCCUCAAUCCGAUCCAAAGGUUCUGCGCGCGACGGGCACGGGGUCGUCGAGGGCGGAGAAGCCUGCCGUCCAGCCUGCUGCCAUCCAGCCUGCUAUGCCUUCUCCGUCCAAGUCGGUUUUGCUGCCUCCGAUCGUCGACUAUGUCAAGGAGGCGCCCGUCUACAUGUCCGCCCUCCAGCAGCAGAUGGUGAGGAGUGUAUCCGACAUUACGGCCAGCUCCCGGGCGUGGGUCACCGAUGAGGACAACGGCGGCGGUGCAAGCGGCAGCAGCGGCGGAAACGACGAAAGCGACCGCGACCUCAGCGCUGAGCACGACGCCCGGCUCGCACUGCAUCGGCAUGCGGACGACAGGCAAGAGCUCCUCCCAUUCCACCAGGGCUCGGUCCAGGUCAUCUCACCGCUCAGGGAAACGCGGUCGCCGAACCGCCGGUGGAGACAGCGCCGCUCGGCCGUGCGGCACGCUCGCGAUGCGGAUGCCACCGAGGAUAUUUCGUCUACCACUCGAUCUCUGGCCUCUCGAUCGCCGUCCGGCAGCCCUCUGCGCCUCUCGACGAGACGCCUGCCGCAAAAUUCCUCGUUCAACCAGGCGUCGAUCCGCGGCGGCGAGGAUGGCAACGACGGCGUCGACGAAGCAAGCAUGCCCCCAAUGUCAUCGACGGUCAGGUCACGCAAGAGCUGGGUCUCUGCCUCGCAGGCGGUCAACGGCCUCCGCAAGGAGGAGUCGCCUCGGAAGCUGCUACGCCGCUACAGCGCAGCCGCCCAGGCCGAGGAGGAGGUCAUGGACGAAGGCGAAGACCGCCUGUUCCUGCAUUACAGAGACACGGCGCUCGGUGGCAGCUCCGGACCAGAUCCGAACCGCCACUGGAGCGACGAGUCGUUCCAGCGGGAGCUCAAGAUCAAGGAGCUCGAGGAAAAGCUGGCUCGCCGAGCCGCUGAAAAGAGGCGCGCCGAUCGCAGCGAGAGCCGCAGCUGGAGUCGCGAGAGCGAGGCGGUCGCAGCCGGGGCGUCCGAGGGGCAGAGGCCCUUCUCUCGGCCGCAGUACAUUACCUUGCACGAGCCGACCCUGGAGGAUGCCAACAACGUCCCGGACGACAGGGGAGUACGGGUGCGUCGCUCCGACGAACACCACGACGACCAGUCGGAUACAUGGGAGGACGACCCUGCCGAGGCCGCGGAGGCCGGCGCUACUCGGAGGGUGCAGGACGGCAUCGUCCUCUACGAUUCCGAGCGGGUAUCGAUGUCCGAGCCAGCCGCGCCGCCGACGCGAACCCUUCGCAGCGUCGUUUCCGAGGCUCAGCUUCGACCCUCUGCCGAUGCAUACGGCGUGAGGAGGGGCUACCAAACAUGGCAGGAAGCGGGGCCCUCCCGCCAGGAAUGGCAGGAGCGUGCGCAACCGUCACUGCAGCCGCAGCGGCACCGGCAGCAGCACAGCGUCGACUUUGCCGGACCGCGCCAUCCAUCGACUGCGAGCGUCGGAGCCAAGCCGAAUUUCGCAUCGUCUUCAAGAUACCUGUCUUCGGGCUACGGCGAUGACGAGGGUUGCCGCGGCGAGCGAACCGUGUCGUCCAACACGCUGGUCGACGACCGGAACCGGGAGUCCUACGACAGCCGCGUCAACCUCAAUGCCAGUAUCCGCAGCACCCUGGCUCUCGGGGCCGAUCCCAGCGCGAUCGUCAACAGCCUAGGUGGCGCCACAAUCACGCGCAAGGGAAGCAUGCUCAACAUCAGCCAGAUCCCGGACGAGGAAGUCGAGCAGCUCGGCGGCGAAAAUCUGCGCUACGACAGAGAAAGGAAUCGCUGGAUCAAGGUGUCCAAGAAGCCCUCGUCGGAGAGCCUCAGGGGUCAGGCCAGCGCGGUGGCGACAGAGUCUGCCAACGAUCUCGGCGACACAGCCAGGGGUCGGGGCUCUGCGUUUGGGCGGCGCAGCACCACUCGCACGCCCGUCGAGCCCAUGAUACCCGAGGCUUCGAUUGAGACCUCGCAGGCAGGGAUGCUGCAAGAGACGUCGUCGGGCGCACAAAGCCGGGCGCAGGCGAGAUCAGGCCAACACGGCAAUCCAGCUGUCCUUCCGUCUGCAGGAUUCACGAGCGCGGCUGUCGAGAACAGCAUCGCACAGGACGGCAGGCUAAGCGACAGCAGUGACCCUUUCAAGGACUUCGAGAGCUUCGGACAAAGCACCACGGCGGCGGACCACAGCGUCGCAGAGGCACGACCGCAAAGCAAGGCGGAUUCCACGGCGGAGGACAGGCAUGCGAGCACUGCUCCUGAUCCGAGCGCUGGGAUGCGUCAACAGCCGCCCAUCGAAAAGACCGUGCGGAAGCCGACGCAGAGGCCGAACCUGACUCCCGCCGCUUCGCAGCCUGCCCUUCCAACAUACUCGACGCCCUUGGCGAGCCAGGCCCGCGUCGUCUCCGGACCACCGGCCUUCCACUCAGUGCAGCGGCCGAUCAAUACGAUGCCGAGGGCGCAGUCCGCGCUGCGCAACGUCGUCACCUACAGCCCGGACGUCACGAUGCGUAGCAGCGGAAGCGCGACGACUGCUGAAGGCGGCACCGUCGAAGUGCGAGCGCCGGAAGCAAGCUCAGCGCAGGAGCGCGAUGCCGUUCAGACGCAGCGCCAAGUGCAACCUCCGGCGGAUGCCCAACACGAGGCUCGCCAAAGCAGAGCCGGCGAUCUGGCAGCUGCUCCGCCAACUACGCGAGCGCAGCGCACCGAGCGCAACCUGGCCGAGCGCAAUUUGACCGAGGCAGCCGGUCGGCACGAUCUGCACCCGGCGACACCUGAGCGGCGCAACACGGCGCCAGCCGCCAGCUACCUCACGCCGCCGAGGUCGAUCCUCAAGCCAUCGCCCUCCUCGCACACUGCUGCAGGCCAGAACUCGAGGUCGGGCGACCUCUACCGUGCAUCGCCGAAUCCAGCGAGUGCGAACAGGACCAUCAGCUUCGCAGAAGCUCACACACUGCACCGGUAUGAGGGGCCACAGUCGGCACGGCAUCACCGAGACAAUCAGCUCGCUGCCGCCACCGAUGCAGACGCUAGCGACCUGAGCCAGAGCAUGGAUGUGGACUGGAGCGAGGAAGCGGACGACGACGACGACGACGACCGGACCGCCCGGCAAGGUGCUUACGGCCGCGAGCGCUGGACCGCACCGCAGGCUGCCGACGGACCGACCUCGACCAUGAACCGCACCGACGCCAUCUCGCGAGCCCUUCAGCAGCUGGCCGACCUGACGUUGCAGUCCGAGGCAGGUCCCAAACCGGCAGCUAAGCCGUACAAUGCCGGGACGCCCUCGACGAAACGGCGGAUACCCUCACACACGGCUGCCGGGGAUGCGGCCGAUGGGCGGUCACCCUGGUCAUACGCCGCCCUCCGCCGGCCUCGCAAGGUGCGGGACCCGUACCGGUACGACGACGAUGAGGACGGAGAGGCGGUCGACGACACCUACGACGAGCUGCGGGGCUACCCGGACAUGACGUUGCUGACCGACGCUUCGUUCAACGUGGCGCACGAUAAGAUCCUCGAGGUCAUCACCGACGUCGAGCCAUGGGAGCCCGGGUGGGAGCAGCUCCAGGCGAUCGAUAUGAGCGGGCGUCGGGUGGAGUCGUGCUUGCGGCUGAAGGAGUUUCUGCCCAGCCUCGAGGAGGUCAAGCUGGACCGCAACGAGCUGGCCUACCUGACGGGUUUGCCGCCCAGCGUGCGGAACCUGUCUAUCAGCCGGAACCGCAUCACGCAGCUCGCCUCCUUUGGCCAGCUCCUCAACCUCGAGAGGCUCGACAUCAGCCACAACCAGAUCGAGACCCUCAGCCACCUCGAGUGCUUGAAGCACCUCCACACGCUCAUCGCCGAUCACGUCCACGUGUCGUCGUUGGACGGCAUCAACCGCCUUCCCGGCCUGGUUCACCUGAGUCUGUCCGGCAACCUGCUGAGGGGCGUCAACCUGGAGCGGACCGCAUGGCGGGAUCUCGAGACGCUCAACCUCUCGCACAACGCUCUGAUCACAGUGCGCGGCCUCGGCACGCUCCGGCGGCUGAGGUCGCUCAACCUCGAUCACAACCGACUUUCGCGCGUCGACUUGGAACCCUCGAUGCCAAAGCUGCGCGCGAUGCGGAUCAGCGGCAACCCUUCGCUCACCAGCCUGGACGUUUUGCCGGCGAGGAAGCUGCGCACCCUCUACGCCGACUACUGCGCGCUCGACUCGAUCCAGAAUCUCGAGAGCCUGACGCGGCUCGACAACCUCAGCAUGCGCCAGCAGGUCGAGGCGCGCGUCGUCUGGCCGGCCCGCCACCUGCGCGACACGCGCCGCCUGUUCUUCUCGGGCAACGCGUUCCCGCAGGGGCUCGAUUUUGAGGCGCUGCCGAGCGCCGCCUCUGCCACUUCGCCACCCGAGCUGCAGCUGCGUCGGCAACCGGCACCGAUGGUCCGCUUCCUCAACCUCGUCUACCUCGAGCUGGCGGCGUGCCAGCUAACGGCGCUGCCCGUCGAGCUACCGGAGCUGGCGCCCAACCUGCGGUCGCUCAACCUCGACCACAACCUCAUCUCGACGCUGCCGCCUCUCGCGGGAAUGCAGCGUCUCAAGAGGCUCAGCGUCGUUGGGUGCCGCAUCAAGAAGUCCAAGUCGAUCAUCAAGGCGAUUCGCGGGCUCGACGAGCUGCAGGUCAUUGACACGCGCACCAACCCUUGCACCCUGGGCCUCUACCCUCCGCUCAUGAUCCCAGCCGGCGCCCUGGAUCCGGCUCGUCCAGGUGGGCAGGGCUACAGCAGCCCCUCGGUCGCAGCGGCCCACCUCCCUCCCGUGCCCAGCCCCGCCGUCGUUCAGCCAGAUCGCGCCAGGCACGACGCCAAGCGCGCCGAGAGCGACAGGCGCGCCGCCGAACGGCAGGCGGAAAAGUCGUAUUUCCACAAGCGUCAACCCCCGCUUGUCGAUCCGGCGCUCUACGACGACGAUGACGAAGACGGCGAGGAUCGUGGUUAUGGCUACGACGACGACGACGACCGCAUCUCUGCAGCUGGUGGUCAUGGCGAGACGAAGGUAGACGAGCGCGGAAGGGCAGUGACGCAGCCCAGCGUCACGGCCCUGUUCCUUGCCGCCGACCAGCGUUUCUACGGCACGCUCCCUGCCGGAUUCCAGGAGAAGCGCGCGCUCCACCGCGGCCUCAUGGCCAUGAGCUGCGCCCGCCUCAGCUGGGUCGACGGCCUCUUUAUCGAGGAGGAGGAAGUCCUGAGGGCCGAGGAGAUCGUCUAUGCCCAGCAGCGCGGUCAGGCCGAGGGGCGGUGA